ACAAUGUACCACUGAUAAUAAUAAUAAUUUUGACAGAUUUGUUUGCCCAUUGGCAUUGCGUAUGAAAUAAACUAGAACCGUGACUGAAGUUAGCCAGCCAUACUCUGAAUCUUUACUGAAGAAAAAUGGCAACCAUCAUCGCUGGCACCCCAACAUCAUCGAUCACCCGCGCAAGUCUUGUGCACAAACGACCUGUUGGGGUUCCAUCCUCUACCGUUAUUGGACUGCCAACAAUGGCUAAGAUUGGAAGAGUGAGGUGCUCGAUGGAAGGAAAACCUUCUGUCCAACAAAACAGCUCAAACAUUGGGAUGGGGGCAUCCAUGAUAGCAGCAAUCUGCGCCGCAACCAUGUCAAGCCCAGCCAUGGCUUUGGUGGAUGAGAGAAUGAGCACUGAAGGAACUGGGCUUCCCUUUGGGCUUAGCAACAACCUUCUUGGUUGGAUCCUGUUGGGUGUCUUUGGUCUUAUAUGGGCUCUCUACACUGUCUACACUUCUACACUUGAAGACGAUGAAGAGUCUGGAUUGUCCCUCUAAAGCCCAACUUAUGCACUGUAGAAAUUGCCACUUCACUCCUUCUCUGUUGUAUUAAAAAACUACUUUUGUAUUCAACUUCAAACUUGCCAAUUUUUUUAUUUCUUCG